AUGGGUGGGCGGGGCAGCCUGUUUGUUUUCACGAGAGGAGGGGCCGCUGACACCCCCAACGCCGACGAUUGGAAGAUCUACGCCGCUGAGAGCGCCAGGCCGGUGAAGGCGAGAGUCUUGGGAGCUGCGGCGGCGUGCGGCGCCGUCGCGGCCGGCGCGAGAUCAUGGUUCAUUCCAGCCACCGCCCUCGCCCUCGUGUCCCUGGCGCUGGUGGCCACCCAGGGGGGAAUCAUCCGGGAUGAACCGGACACAGCGUCGGCGUAAAAGGCUACAUAGCUCCCCGCUAGAGAGGCCGACGAAACUGCUCAGCAGAAGGAAGGACUGCCGGUCGUCUUUCCUGGCGAAAAUUCCUGGAAAAGUCGUUGGAAGGAACGCCUCCUGCAGGGAGAAGCGUGGGACAUGCGCGCGAAAAAGGAUAGCUCCACUUAUUUUAUUUGCGAAAAACUUGGUGGGAUGUUGGCCACCCGAAUCGUAGCACCGAGAGGUGUUCCUUUCAGGGUCAGAAAAGGGCGUAAAAUGAUCGUGUAGUUGGUUGUAGUAUUUUGUGUUUCGGGGAGGGCGCGUUCUGUCGUGUCACCUUGCACGUUGUUUGCCGUCCUUGCUUGCUUGCCGUAGACGUUUGACUUUUGACCUCCUCUGUGCAUAUUUUAGACCACGCACCGCCGUUCCUACUUCAAUCAGGGACAGGCGCCCCCAACAACUUUAGGGCCUCUGUGUGGUUUCUUCCUUUUUCUUCAUGUGAAGAAUGAAGAAAGUUGAUGAACAACCCUUCCUUGUUUGGCAUCUAUCUCCCCUUUCGGGCUCAAACUUGGUAGGUCCUGCUGUGUAACAUUCGGUUUCUCCUUGAUAUCAAAAUUUUGUAAACGGAAGGUUGCACUGGCUGCGUUGAUCAACCUUGCGUUGUUUCUGAGCAGGCUACCAGGCUGCAUUUGCUCAUUUUGAUUGGUUCACUCUUCUGGCCAAGUUUCACCCCCUUCGCAGUUCGUAACAUGGAGGAGACCGGGGGAUGGACCAGUCACAGUCACAAUAGGAUGCUUGCUUUUGAGGCCUUUAGAGUUUUUUUAUGGAGGUACGUACUGGUUCGAAGUGAGUGCGGCUGUGCCAUGUGGUUGUCCUCCUCGUCGAGCGGAACCGUGUACGUACGUACGUCGUUACAGCAAGACUGCUGCUGUGAUCAGUAACGGUACAACUGUUACUGUUCACAACAUGCACGGGAUCGUGUUCCUUAUGGAGGGACUUUAGUACACUAAACUCAAGUAAA